AUGCUGCCAUCACAUUAUGCCUCAGUGUACACCCCAACCUACAGCACAUUGGCACAUCCACUGGACACUGACACUGCGCUGAACUGGACCCCAUUUACAAUAGGAGAAUUGGCCCUGGCGCUGCGCCGACUAAAGGUUCACCAGUCACCUGGACCUGAUGGUAUGCAGCCGCUAAUCCUGAAGGAGCAGGCAGAUGAACGUGCAGCGCCACUGUGCAACCUGUUCAAUUUGUCAUUUACUCAAGAGCGUUUACCGCGGCAGUGGAAGGACGCUGUCAUUGUUCCACUGCCCAAAGUUGGGGAUAGGAGUAACCCUGGAAGCUACCGACCAGUUAGCCUUACUAGCGUUGCGAGUCGCUCAUGCCUCUUAAACCUGCUACUUACACGUGAAUGCUGGAGCGAGGACAAUGAUAAAGAACAGGAAACGGACAUCAUCUUCGUGGACUUCAGCAAGGCCUUCAACAAGUUGCCGCACGGCCUCCUUCUGUGA